AUGCGCAAGCGAGUCAAAUCGGAAACUAUAAGAGUCCUCUCCAUCGAGAAAAGAGGCCGCCCACUCUUGACCAUUCAAUCCACCACCGACAUCACGUACUCCUCAGUCGCCUCCGAUUUUGCCCUCCUCACGAGCUCCAUGGCAGACCGCCGCCGGAAAGACAAAGGCAUUGCCGUAGUAGCCAUGGGGAAGCGGCGGGUCGAACCUCUUCCGACAGUUCACGAUGCAGUUGACCCGGAACACCUGGUGGGUGGCGGUGGCCAAGGCCGCCGUUCAGAACCGCCAAAGGUAGGCGGUGACGAGUUCGAAUGUGGUGCAGCGGAUGCUGAGGUCGGGCUGGAGAAGGGAGCGGAGGGCUGA